AUGGGCCUCCCUCUUCUACAGGUAGAGUUCCUGGUGACUGUGGAUGAAGCAAGGAUCGGAGAAGAGUGGGGGCUCCUUGAUGAGGCUCAGAGGCUGCUGUACCUAGAUGUGAAGCUGGAGAACUCUGCAAUUAUAGAGUCCCUGGCAUUCCCGAACACUGGCCCACACGUCAUGAGACUUGGUCAGCAGCAGGGAAUUCACAAUGGAGAAAGGCCUUCUGAGUGUGGUGAAUGUGGGAAUUUUUUUAGCCACUCCAGCCUUAUUAAACACUGGCGAAUUCACAGUGGUGCAAGGCCUUAUGGGUGCAGCAGAUGUGGAAAAUUCUUUGCAUACAAAGCCAUCCUCAUAAAACACCAAAGAGAUCAUACAGGAGAAUGUCCUUAUAAGUGCAAUGAAUGUGGGAAAUCCUUCAGCCAUAGCUCCACCCUCAUUGAACACCGGAGAUUUCACACUGGAGAUAGAACUUAUGAGUGCACUGAAUGUGGAAAAUGUUUUGGGAGAAAUAGCAACCUUAUUGCUCACAAGAGAAUUCACAGUGGAGAAAUAUCUUAUAAGUGCAGCGAAUGUGGGAAAUCCUUUAGCCGGAGACUUGCCCUCAUUGAACACUGCAGAGUUCACACUGGAGAUAGACCUUAUGAGUGCCCUGAAUGUGGAAAAUGUUUUAGGAGAAACUGCAACCUUAUUGCACACAAGAGAAUUCACAGUGGAGAAAUGCAUUUUAAAUGUAGUGAAUGUGGGAAAUCCUUUAGGCAGAGCUCUAUCCUUAUUUGACACUGGAGAAUUCACACUGGAGAAAGGCCUUAUGAGUGCAGGGAACGUAGGAAAUCCUUUAGUCAAAGAUCUGGCUUCAUUCAACAUCAGAUUUCACAUAGAAAAAGGCCUGAGAUGUGCCGGGAAUGUAGGAUGUCCUAAUUCAAAGUAAUGACAAUUGAGUAGAACCUUUGUGAGGGACUGAUCUACCUGAAUUGACCAUCCUACACGAACAUUCCACA